AUGGCAGCAGAUGAGCAGCCUUUACGUCUCUCUCCUGCUCUUCUUCCUCCACCAGUAGAUCUACUUGUAAACGACCAAGAGGAGGAGGAAGUAGAGAAUGAGGAUAUCCCAGCACCUGCCGCUCCUUCUCCUUUUGCUAGUGGUGGAUUCGACAUAGACAGCUUCACUCGUGAUCACUUGCACUGCCCCUCCUGUGGCAAGUACUAUGAUGAUCCUAGGACACUACCUUGUCUGGACAGCUACUGUAGAGAAUGUCUUGAAGAGAAGACAAGAGAGCAGAUGGAGGAAGCGGAGAGAGAGCGUGAAAGGGAAGGAGAGGAAAACCGAGAGAGUGAAGACUCGGACAAAGAAUACAACGAGGCUCUUAGAACAUUUGAUCUCAGCCCCUGCCCGUCCAGCACUACAGGUUCAACUAUGUCUCAGCGCUCAGCUAGAAAUGAUGAUUUUGAUCCUGUCAGUAGAUCUAACGACUUCCAUUGUCCUCAAGGCUGUAGGCGUUAUACUGGCAUAAAGUUUGAUCCUCAAGAUGGUAGUAUUAGUGGAAUCCCACCAUCAAACAAAUCCCUCAAGAACAUGGUACAAGGUGUUCAAUUGCACGAAGGUUUGAAAGCCGGGGAAAUUCUCUGUGGCGGAUGCGAUAAGGAAAAACCUGCAAUUGCUGCCUGUAGUAAUCCAAAGUGUGCCAAUCUCCCUCUCUGUUCUGAGUGUGUGGGUAGUCAUUUGACCACGUCAGAGCCAGAAUCACAUUUAUUAAUCUGUGUCAACAAAGGUGGUGAGGGAAACAACAAAAAUGGUAAAAAGCGAAAUUUGCGAAAUGGCUGGCGUUGCGAGUUCCACCCCGACGAAGUUGUUGAUCGAUAUUGCUAUAAACAUAAAGUGGUCAUAUGCAGGGAUUGUCAUUUGUGCCCUCAGCGAGAGUGUACCCCUGACUGCAAUAACUUUACUCUACUGAGCCAAGAUUGUAUGAAGGAUGAAGAGCCUGCCAUUGCUGAAUUGCUUGACAGAGUUAAUUCUUUGCACGAUAAAAUAAAAUAUUCCAUCAAGGAUAUUGACACGAUGAAGAAAGAGCUGAGGAAGAAUAAGAAAUGGGCAUACCGUGCAAUUGAUGAGCAGUACAAGAAGCUAGUUGACAGCCUAAGGCAGCAGAGAAGAGAUCUCAUCAAUAAAACAUACCACGUAUACAAGAGGAAAUGGGACAACCUCAAAGAUCACCAGGAUGCUCUUAAGCGUAUCUCGGAUACAUUUCAAAGGAGCGUUGAUUUCAUUGGAGGGUCUGUGAACAUGGCAAUACCAACAGAGUUCAUGUUCCUUAAGGAGAGCUUUCAUGAGGGUUUAAAUUACCUAAUUGAUCGUUACAAGAACUCUUACAUGCUGCCUUCAGAUGUGAACCAAAGGAUACACCUCAAGUUAAAUGAUACUUUUAGCAUAGACGGUGGUACUCUUGGGCAGGUUGUUGGAACGCCAUUUAUUGAAAACUAUACCCUGGAGUCUUUCCCAAAUCCAGUCCGUUCUCAAAGAGCUUACUCAUUUAAGAUUCAGAGUCGUGAUAUAUGCAGGACAGAAGUUGCUGGUAAUGUGCCAAUGCUUAAGGCAACUAUCUGUUCUAUUGCAAGCCUAGAACCAGUUGAAUGCUUUGUUCGACUCAAUAACGAGGAAGGAGUUUAUACAGUUUAUUUCCACCCGUUUACAGCUGGUAGGCACAUGAUUAGUGUAUUUCGUCACCAGGAUCCUCUUGAGGGAAUUCCUGUGAGGGGAUGCCCUUUCUAUAUUGAUGUUAAACCUUAA